UACCUUCACCACCUUCUCAUCUACCUUCUUCACUAGCUACCCAUCUAGCUUCUUCACCAGCUACCCAUUUAACUUCACCGGCUACUCAUCUACCUUCAACACCCAGCUUUAUCUCGUGAGCAGUUACAAUGCCACGUGGUAAAUCGUCCCGCCGUUCCCAGGCUGCAAAGCUACGCGUGGCUGGGACACGUGUGGGACAUCAGCAGCCUGGCAAUGCCAGUUUCGCACCCGCUGGCGGUACGGGUAACCGCCAUAGAGUGCAGAAAUGGCCAAUUUCGUCCCUGACAGGACGACAACACAAGAUGGUCAUACCAGCGGAGUCUCCAGACAAGGAAUUUGUCCUCCUUGUUGGAGCUUCACAUCUCCGUUCCAUCGUCGAUGGAAUUGUGAAGAUGCCAGAGGGAAGGUUUUCCUUUGGUGCCAUGUCCACACCGGGGGCAUGCGCAACCCAGCUGCGAACCGAGGCAGCCAAUGCUGUGCUGCCUAGGACACCAGAUGCAGUCUGUGUGAUGGCUCCGAGCAACAACCUAACAUCCAGUAGGACCAUCACCGAAGCAGGAGAGGACUUUGCGGAGCUCCUCGCCACUGCCCGCAGUCGCUGGCCCAACGUUUUUGCCAUGGACUUCCCCCCGCGCCUUACCGUUGACCCUGACUACCAAGACAUGAUGCGUCAGGAAUUUCGUCGUGUUGCGGCACGUAUGGGCGUGAAGUACACACCGCUUGCUGAGUACUUCCCUUUCAAAGAACUUGACCUGUGGAGCAGAGAUGGCGUGCACUUGAGUGACAGUGCGGGAAUGCCAAUCCUGGUCGGUUCUAUCUGGAAUGCAACAUACAUGCAACUUGUUCCAGCCGAGCCGAAGCCAUCUCCUGUUGUCCACAGAAGAUCACCGCCUGCGAGGAGAGUCACUCCAAGGGUGAUUGUCAAAGGAGAGGUUGCUAAAUCACCGCAACUGGAUCCUUCCAAGUGGACCGUUUUCGGCCAGGGCAGGAAGAGGAGCCAACACGAUGAACCUGAGCAGUCCAUUGAUGCACUUAAAGAAGCAGGGACUGUUCAGCAGGAGGAAGUGGAGGAGAGUUAUCUUCCACUGACACCUGUGUGGUUUAGCAGUGCAAUGUUGGUUGAGAUGGACAAGAUUAGUCCAUCCCAUCUUCCUGGCCCUGAUGAGUGCACACCACCGGUUCCAACACCACAAAAGAAAGCAAAGUUGGAGCUGAAGCAGAGGGCUCCUGCCUCCAAGAAAACCCUGGCAAAGCGACAGGGGGAGGCAGCUCCCAUUGUUGUGGAGGUGAUUUUACGGCCACCUACCAGUAGAGGGACAGUUGCUGUGGAGCAGCAGGAGGAGCCAUUGCCGGGGUUGGAGCCAUUGCCAGGAGUGGAGCCAUUUCCAGGGGUGGAGCCAUUUCCAGGAGUGGAGCCAUUUCCAGGAGUGGAGCCAUUUCCAGGAGUGGAGCCAUUGCCCCGCGCAGAGCCAUCACUGAGCGUGGAGCCAUCAUCCAGCAAGGAGCCAUCAUCCAGCAAGGAGCCAUCAUCCAGCAAGGAGCCAUCAUCCAGCAAGGAGCCAUCACCCAGCGUGAUAGUGGAUGUUGAUGAGGACAACGGAUGCAGAACAGGUAAGGGCUAUGCUUGCAUGUGUUCAGAAAAAGUGCAGCUGGCUGUUGUCGCAGGGACUGUUGUGAGGUAUGCAUCCGUUUCUGACGAUAAAAUAUCUGUUGCAUGUUCUAUAGCGGCUGCGAUCAAACAUUUGAUUGCGCCUGUGUGUUCGUGGAGCAGUACAGAUAUCGAUGCCAUACGUGUUGCAGGGUCAAAGCUUAACUCGUUUGUAUUAGGGGAAGCCCAUAAAAUGAAUGUAAAGCCAAAGAACUUGUGCAGGUUGGUUGAGCAGACCAGUGUGUUUGGACGUAAGUGGAACGUCAAUAUGGGUCUGCCAGUGUACGGCGAAUUUAAUUUGUCUGAAGGGGAACAGGUAUUGUCGGAGAAGCUGCUUGAACACUUAUCCAGGGAUGGCAUGUGUCUGUUUAGCCUAAAUUCCGCAGCCAGUGUCAUUAUUCAACACAAUGACUGUAUUGUGGUCGUUGAUUGUGGCACACGUGCUGCGUCUGGGUUAGCAUCCAGUUAUGGCACAUCUGUAGCCGUGUUCAACACAUGCCUUAAUGACCUGAUGUUUUACAUCAGGAAUCUCAAUAAUUCAUUGAAUGCACAGAAGUUUAGCAUUACAAGACUUUCUGUGAAAGCAGCUGAAGUUAAUUCGGAGACGGCUAGAGUCAUUGAUGGGGAUAUGGGGUGUGUCAGGGGAACAUUCAGUCAGGGUGAUCAACGCUUUAAAUAUGCAGGACUUCAGUGCAUGGCUGUCAGUUUGGUAGGCAUAGCCAAACACAACAUUGACAGCGUGUUUACAUGGCAGACCGACAACCUGGAUAAAGUUGUUGUACUUGGUGACAAUCUGUACACCUCCCUGCGUGACCAACAAGGUAUCAGUGGAGGAUACAGUCUACUUUCGAUUCCAGAUCUGCCCAAGGAGACCAUUAUCGACGGACAAAGAUUUCAGUUUCAAUACAGUGACUUUGUGUCUGGAAAUGUGGAUGUGGUUGAGGGUGAUCUCAUUAAAGCGGUACUGGGAGAGCUGAUUACUCUUCACACCAGCUUUGCCAGACCUUCCCCACAAUAA